AUGUCGGAUACGCCAGAUGUGGCUGAAGUAACGCCAAUACCCCAAGGCACGAGACUCGGUAACGAAGCCAAUACAGCAAACGAAGACUGCGACAGUGAGUCCAGUGUCGAAACCGCCACCAAUGUGAAGAAGACAGUCCAUCUCAGGCUAUCUUCCACCUGGUGGAUGGAAAUAAUCACUAUGAGCAUCAGCUUCGGCUGUAUAGCUGUGCUCAUUUCUAUCCUCAUGCGUUUCCAAAACAGGUUGUUGACAGAGUGGUCCUUCUUUAUCAGUAUUAAUGCCACCGUUGCCGUCGCAAUAACAGCCGCAAGAGCAACGCUUCUCGCUGCCAUUUCGGUUUGUCUUAGCCAGGAGAAAUGGACUCGCUUUACCAAGAGGACCCAUCGCCUGCAGGAUUUUGCUAUUAUUGAUACAGCAAGCCGCGGACCUCUUGGCUCUUUACAAAUGCUCUAUAAGAUUUCAUGGGGAUUUGCGAGCAUUAGUGCGAUAGUCGUUUUUUUAUCACUACUCACAGAUACAUUUGUGCAACAAGUUGUCCAACUCGAACCUGGAACAAUAUCUACCUACAAAGAGGGCUCAGCAACUUUUGGGUAUGCGCAUGGUUACAAAAGCUACAAAAGCUACAAGUAUGAAUCACUUGGAAUGGAUAUCAAUAAUGACAUAAAUAGCGCGGUCCUCAGCGGCCUGCAACCGAAGAGCAGGACAUUUACAUUCAGCUGCCAUUCAAACUGCACUUGGAACAGCUACUACAUAACAUUGGGUUUCAGUAGUGCCUGUAACGAUGCCACCAAAGAGACUCUAGAAACUCUGAAAUGUAAUGAUGGUCCACAAACUCACUCAAUUACAGGGAAACAGGGACUACCUUGCAGAAUGAGUACGCCCAACGAUGUGAAACUCGAGUUAGGGGCAAGAGCGAUAUCCGAUUCGUAUAUGAAUAUUAACUCUAGUAGAUUUUACAUGAGCGAUUACCUGAAUGGUUCACCAGCUUUUUAUGCUGCUGUCUGGACGUGGAAACCUGGAGCUGAUUAUUCUAUGGACAUAGAGAUACCUAAGCUCAAAACCCUCUUACAGAACAAUUCGGUGAUCAUUGAGUGUGCACUCAGAGUCUCCUUGUACAACUAUUCAGAUAUCUCGUCAAUCUCAAAUAGUUUCACCGUCGGCGUCAUCGAACAGAUUCCCCUCGGCGUAAUCACUGGGAUUACUGUUUCAGACAUGCUGGGAAAUACACAUCAUCCUCAUCAGGAGGCAUCUUUGUGGUGGAACCACACCAAUGACGAUCUACCAGAUGUCUAUUUUUCUGCGAUUGAUUUUCAUUAUACCUCCAGCUUUUUGCGAUCGUCUGCCUUCUCUGGCACUCUUGGCGAUAGUACCCCUGAUGAUCACACUUUUUCUCCAGGAGCCACGACAUUUUUUGGCAAUGGAACUCUGGAAGUCGUAUCAGGCAUAUUCGACAGUAUCUCGCUAAGUCUCACUGAUAUGAUACGACAGGGCAGCGGAAUGCAAAUAGCACAGGGUACAACGAGUCAAGCUGUCGUAUAUAUCCGCGUACGAUGGGAAUGGCUCAUUUUGCCUCUAGUAGUCCAUUUGCUAGGUGGAAUUGCGCUCUUCGUGACCAUUGUUGGGACGAAGCGAACUGGCGACGUGCCUCUAUGGAAGGGUUCAACGUUGGCAGUGCUUUAUCAUUGGGUGAAUAAAGAUGGAAUUAUAGGAUCCCAAGUUCAGAAUCUGGAGGAUUUGGAGAAGGUCAAGAAGAUGCAAGUCAUGUUGGAGAAGAAAGGCGGCAUAUCUGAUUCGUAG